AUAAAACAUGAGAGCAGUGGUCGUUCUAGUGCGCUUUUCGACUCAAUCACAGCAAAAGCCAGCGACGCAGGGGAAGAAGAUCCCGAUGAAACCGAGCGAAUGUGCUUGCAAAUCGCUGUUCGCCGCGGCUUAAAGCUGAGAUGUACGGAAACGUCAAACUUUAUGGGACCAUCCUGAUUUAUUCAGCACUUUCCAGGAUUGUAUACGGCGAGAAAUCGGACAACGGCUGUGGCCACUCCAUCCAGGGGCAGAACAGUGGCGUGCUGUCCUCCAGGAACUACCCGGGCACCUAUCCCAACAACUCCCUCUGUGAGUGGAGGAUCCACGUGCACGAGGGCAGCAGCAUCGUCAUCAAGUUCGCCGACCUCAACAUUGAGUCUCGGGACUGCGAUGCCGACCACGUGAAGAUACUCUGGGGCACUGGCCGAAGCCAGCGAGUGUUGGGACCAUUCUGUGAUCUGAAGUCCACCCCAACGCUCCUGAAGUCCCUGCGGGUGGAUGCCAGUGAGAUCCAGGUCCACUUCCGCAGCGGACAGCACAUCUCUGGCCGAGGGUUCCUGCUCUCCUACGCGUCCUCAAACUACAAAGAUCUGCUUACAUGUCUCGACAAAGGCAGCCAUUUCUCGGAUGCUAAGUACAGGAAGUACUGCCCGGCCGGGUGCGGAACUGUGUCAGGAGAGGUGGAAGGGGACGUCUCCCAGGGAUACAGACAUACGUCAACACUUUGCAAGGCAGCGGUCCAUGCAGGCGUGAUCUCAGACGAGGUCGGAGGUUACGUGUCUGUGGAAGAGCAGAGUGGCAGGAGCCACUACCCAGCAGUCAAGGCCAACAGGAUCCAGUCUAAAGACGGGUCAUUGUCUGAGAAGGCCUUCACGUUUGCCACCGAUGACUGCAAGAAGCCAGAGGUCCUGCGUCCUGUGGCGCUGAACGACAGCUCUGGCCAGCGAUUGGCUGGUGCCGGGGACGGGCGCUCGUCUGAUUGGUCCCCCAACGACACGGAUCCUGUCUCCUCCUCCUCCUCCUCCUCCACCUCCUACUCUUCAUCUUCCUCAUCCUCCUCUUCCUCCACCAGCGUGGUUUGGACGCCGGACUCCAGUGGCCGCUCUGGCCAGCCGUGGCUGCAGCUGGACCUGGGCGAGAAGAGAAGGAUCACAGGAAUCCUGACGUCCGGCUCCCCGUCCAGUGGGCACUACGUGAAGAGCUACAGGCUGGAGUACCGGGAGAGGAACCGCUGGAAGGCGUACGGCCAAAACAACAACUCCGAGGCCAUGGUGUUGGAGGGGAACACGGAUAGCCACCAGCAGACGCGCGUGACCCUGAGGCCGACGGUGGUGGCGCGUCACUUGCGCCUGUUGCCCCAGGACUGGCACCUGCGGCCCGCCAUGACCCUGCAGCUGCUGGGCUGCGAUGCCAAGAACGUCCCCCCUGCCGUGACUCUUGUGGUGCCAGAGGGGCCGGUGAAUAAGUCAUCUCAGGUGACUGUGGGGGAGAUGCUGCCCACCGAGCCCAGGGCCACAGGACAGGACGACGAGACGGACACCGAGCAGCAGCCCGUCGACUCCUCCCCUCUGAUUGACUUUGUUCAGCUCGUUAUCAUCAUUGUCGUGGUUGCUGUGCUGGUGCUGAUGUUGCCGGUGUGUGUCUGCCUCUACAAGACCCUGCACAGGAAGAAGAGCAAGGAGGGUGGCUAUGGCUCCUCUGAUGAACAACACACAGGUUGCUGGAAGCAGAUCAAGCAGCCGUUUGCGCGCCACCAGUCCACAGAGUUCACCAUCAGCUACAGCUCAGAGAAGGAGUCCAUCCAGAAGCUGGACCUGGUCACCAGUGCCAUGGCAGCGGAGUACCAGCAGCCUCUGAUGAUCGGCACGGGCACGGUGAGCCGCAAGGGCUCCACCUUCAGGCCCAUGGACACGGACGCCAAGGACGACUCCCCCCACUCUGCCGACGGCUCCCACUAUGACUUCCUCAGCACGGCCAACCAGUACGCCCUGCCGCUGACCAACCAGGAGCCGGAGUACGCCACGCCCAUCAUCGAGCGCCACGCCCCCUUCCGCAAGGAGCCCUUCGUGCCCGACUCCAGCUACAACGUCCCGGGGGCCGUGCUCAGCAAGACGCCCUCCUUCCGGGCGGCCGAGAACGGGGUGCCCGCGUGCCGCAAGGCCGCUGCGGGGACAGGACUGGUGGUGGCGGGGGGCUACCAGACACUGCCAGGGAGGGUGGAGAGGGCCAACCACUCGGAGGGGGUCUACGACAGCCCCAAGGUGAGGCGGGUCGCCCCUGUGGCACUGGCGGCAGCGCUAUCGGACUACCAGAGGCCUCAGGCCAAAGCCUCGGUGCUCGAGUGCUACUCGACCCCUCGGGACUGCAUCCGGCUGGGGCAGCCGUCCUCUCCUCACCGGCCUGACCCGGAGGGCAGCGCGGAGCGUUCCCCGCCCAACGGAACCUAACUGUGACCAGCCCUGAUCCCAAGUGAACUUUUGUAUUGCUUUUCAAACUGACCUCAGCAAAAAAAAAAAACACACCCAGAGACUUUUCUACUAAAUUAUUUACCAUUUUUGGUUGUUGAUGUUGAUGUUGUUUGGGGAUUGGGUGCUCUAAUGUUUUAUGUUUUUGCUAGCCCCAUCUUGGGGCUCCAUGGACUAGCUGCUUGGAUAACAUAACGUGCGGUUCUGGAAGGAUCCCGUUGUGGUGUCUGAAAUUGUGUAAAUAGGUUUUUAUUCCUUCAGACUAAAGGUUGUGAAAGACGUCGUCAAGAUGUUACUGAUAAUGCUUUAUAUUUCUGGAUGGGGAGGGCAUGGUGACGUACUGUUUUUUAUUAUUUAAUGCUUACUUUUUGAAGAGCAGAGGAAAAACCAACCCUGUCUUUAAUACUUGUAUUUGCUGUGAUCUUACACUAAGAUGGCCCAAAGUCUUCAUCUCAAGAGAAUACUGUGACCCAGA